CACCUGCACAGUCACUUUUUCUGGGAACCAACCUACCCACCGUCUGCGCUCCGGGCCAGGGCCUGUACUCUGCAACGGGGACCGAAACCGACGCGCUCCCGUGGACUGUGCUUCGUCUUCAAGUUGCAGUGGUGGAUUCCAAGAUGGGAGGCUGAACGUGGACAAGUUUUUAGAUCACUUCAGACUUGAGGAUCCCGCGAGAGAAUUAAACAGUGGAUGCCUUGAACCAUGAUUGCCGGGGGACCUCCGUCGAGGCUAUCCAAUGGGGUGGCCCGCUCGGACAGCAAACUCAGCGCCAAGGCCCUCUACGAACAGAGGAAGAAAUAUUCCAACUCCAACUGUAUCAUGCAGGAGACCUCACAGUACCAUGUAGAGCACCUCUCCACGUUUAUAAUGGACAAAAGUGAGUCCAUUGCGACAGUAGAUGAUGCCAUAAAGAAGCUGGUUCUGCUGGACACAAAGGACAAGAUCUGGACUCAGGAGAUGCUGUUGCAGGUGACCGACCAGGCUGUGAGGCUCCUGGACUGUGACACCAAGGAAGAACUGGAGAACUUCCCUAUGUCCACCAUCCACGUGUGUCAGCCUGUGCUGAACCAGACGCGGUACCCGUCAGUGCUGCUGCUGGUGUGUCAGGACCGCGAGCAGCACCACCCAGAUGUGCACUUCUUCCACUGUGAUGAGGUGGAGGCUGAAAUGGUCCAUGCUGACAUUGACAGUGCCAUUGGAGACAGCAAACAUGGCAAGAAAAUGAGGCUGCAGACACUCAAAGUGAACCAGGAGAAGAUGAAGCGACACAGAGAAACCAUCCUCCCUCCCUCAGCAAAGACCCCUGCCCCCAAAAGUCACGUGGCCGCCUCCAAAUUCUAUGACAGAAAACCCUCUUCCUCCAGUGAACCUGAGUCUCGAGAGAACCUGGCACAGCUCAUUGAGAAGGAUGUGCAAAUCCUCAACUGUGCCCUGGACGAUAUCGAGAUCUUUGUGGCGCGGCUGCAGAAGGCUGCGGAAGCCUUCUCUCAGCUCAACCAGCGCAACAAGAGUAAGAAGAACAAGAAGAAAGCUCCAGCAGAGGGCAUGUUGACUCUGCGGGCUAAGCCUCCAUCUGAGGCAGAGUUCAUCGACAGCCUACAGAAACUCAAACUGGCCCUCAACCUCCUGGCCAAACUGAAGAAGCACAUACAGAACCCCAAUGCGGCUGAGCUGGUCCACUUUCUGUUUGGCCCUCUGGAGCUGGUGCUACAGAGCUGUGGCAGUCCAGAGCUCGCGCGCUCUGUCAUUUCGCCUCACUUGUCCAGAGACACAGUAGACUUCCUCAGAGGUCACCUGACACCCAAAGAGAUGACAAUCUUUGAGCUCCUUGGAGAAGGCUGGACCAAACCCCGAGCAGAGUGGCCGCCGGACCUGUGUGGGCCCCCUUACUUCCCUGUGUUUCGAAAUGGUUGGAAACCUCCAAUGGACCAUUUCAGGACGGCUCCGUGGGAAACAGAGGGGCCGGGUCUGAACUACAGGAGACCCUCAGCGAAUUUUUAUGGAACACAAUCUUCAGGUUCUUCAAAUGGAUCUCACUCUCGUAAAUAUGCCAAAAUUUGCUACCAUUUUGUGGCUCGAAAUGCCAAUGAGCUCUCAGUGCUGAAAGAUGAAGUCCUGGAGGUAAUUGAAGAUGACAAACAGUGGUGGAAGUUGAGGAAUCGCAGUGGGCAGGCAGGUUACGUCCCCUUUAACAUCCUGGAAGUGGUGGAUGAGCCCGACGUACAGGGCUACAUGCCACCCCUGACUCCUCUGAGUCCUGCGCACAACCCCACAAUUAUGGAUGAAGUGCAAACCGAGUUGUUAUGGGCAAUUACAACGAGCAAAACACAGCCUGUGAAGAAGAUCCACGUGCCACAAAAGCCUCAGGUUCCUCUGGCGCCUAACUCCAGCCCAGAGCAGGUCAUCGACUGGCUCAACUCCAAGGAAUUCUCUAAACCGACGGUUGAAUGUUUGGGCAUCUUGACAGGAGCUCAGCUGUUCUCUCUAAACAAAGAGGAGCUGAAAGCCGUGUGCGGGAAGGAAGGAAACCGCGUGUACAGCCAGGUGACUGCAGAGAAGGCCAAGCAAGAGCAGAGCAACAGUGGGACUUCUGAGCUGCAGGAAGUAAUGAAGAGACAACAGGAAAGAAUCAACUCCAGCUCCAAGGACUGAACCUGCACAAGUCCUGUAUAUUCUGACUGUAUAUUUAUUUAUAUCAGUGUUUAUGUAAUUCUAUGGUGUAAAAAUGAUUAACAGUAUGGCUCUGUAGAGUGAUGUGUGCGCGUGGCCGAUGUUUAUAACUGUAUGACCGGUUUAUCAUAAUGCAAACCUCUAUCUGUGCCACAAUAAAAACGCAUAUUUUUAAUAA